AUUUUUAUGAUCAUUAGUAAAAGUGCUGCACAUUCCAUCAAAAGCUUUCGAAAGUAAAAUAAAUUUUAAGGAUCUCUUACUCUAAUUGGAUUAAUUAGUGGUUGUAUUGGUUUUAUAAUCUUGAAAAAUACUUUUUAUCAACUCAUUUUUUUAGCAGAACUUAUUAUAGCAAAUUUUUUGAUGUUAGUUGUCUUCAUCAAUCAAUAUUUGGCAUCAAAGUAACAAUUGAAUGUACUUUCUAUGUGCUUUUUAAUUAGUGAAACAGAACGAGCAAACAAUAACUAGAAUCUAGGAUUAGAGUAAAUGAUUGAUUUGGGUAAUUUAAAUUUAAUUUCUAGGAUGCCUAUAUAAAGUAUCGACUUGCUCAAAAUUUUAUACCAGAAUAAAAAUAGCUUUUCAUAAUAAUUGUUGUGAAUCAAAGGAUAUCUUUUAUUUUAUCUUGUCUGCUGGGGUUAUUGUUUAAUUGUUCUUUGAAUAGAGUUUUUAAUCAGAUCUUAAUUUCUAUCUUGUUGGUAUACUUUGUUUAACAUCUUUUUGUGAACUUACCUUGACGGCAUUAGGAAUAUUUAUAGAAAUGCCUAGAAGAAUUAGAUAAUAUUAUAAAAUGAAAAUUUUGCAUAGAAGAGCUUCAUAAGUAUAAUUUUAAGUAAUGCAAUCCAUGGAUAAUGGUUCAGUUUUAUUCGAAUCUUUGCUUGAAAAUGAAUAACAAGAUAUUUAGAUCUUAGAGCCACAAGCUGAUCAAAGAUAACAACAAGCCUUACAAUAAAAUUUUAACAUAAACAAUAUUGAAGAAAAAAUUUAAUGCUAAAUAUGUUUUGAAGAAUUAGAGGCUACUGGAAACAUAUAAUAGUUACAUUGUCAUCCUACUCAUAUCUUUCAUUCUGAAUGUAUUUCUAAUUGGUUUUAAAAAAAAGUAUCUUAAAAUUUAUUAAGUAGUUUCAAGAAAAUCUAGUCCCCAGUUGUCCUAUUUGUAGAGCACCCCAAAAUUAAUGAAAACUAUUCAAUCUUGC